AUGAGUCAUGUUCUGUAUAAGCCGCAACCAGAGGAUAUCGAGACUUCGAGUAAGUUACUACAAGAGCUGGUGAAGAUGAUUAAUUUACCCCCUACUGGAAUAGGUUCCACACCUUUAUACCCUUGGCUGCUAUGGAAUCUCUGGAAAACGUGGAACCAAUUGGUUUUUGAAAAUCGAUCGUAUUCAGAAGAAGAAACAUUGCUCAAAUCAAUUAGAGAGGCACGGGAAUGGCAUCAAGCUCAAUCUCACCUCACGAAACCAGUUAAAAGUGCAACGGCUCGACCAAUCCCAAGGCUCCCUGAAGUCUCUAACGGUUUCGUCGAUGCAGCUUGGAUCGCAAGCACAGACGAUUGCAGAAUGGGAUGGCUUUUCACGAAUGCAGAGCAAGAUGAUAUGUUUCAGGGUACUUUUUAUAGAAGGCACGUCGGAUCAGCACUGUGUGCGGAAGCUCUAGCACUGAAAGGGGCGUUAGAGGAUGCAAUCGCAGCCGGUAUUCAAGAGCUGAACAUGUUCUCGGACUCCCAAGCUCUUAAGUUCAUCUUUUGA